GUCGCGGCAACAACAUCCCUCUCAGUAUUCAACGCGAACAGUUCUCAUGAUAUUCAAAUUUUUAAUUUAAUUAAAUUAAAUCAAAUUAAAGCACAAAUUCAAAUUUGAAUCGAAUUGAAGUUUGCACGUCAACAACUUGAUUGAACGAGUUGUUAUUGCUAUUUUGGUGGUUGUGGUGGUUUUGAACUCGUGACAAAUGGCACAACUUGUGCUCUUGAUAAUGGCCGCCAUUGUGGGAACCAGCAGUUUUGCACAAGGUUUCGUGCUGCCACACUUCGCCCAGCUGAUGGGAGCUGACUACGAGUACGUUGAGGAGACGCCGGCUGCGCCCAUCCCAACGCCAAACUACAUCAUGCGCAUCGCACAUCACAACGAGUUACGUGAACCCGGACUGGCAGAGGUCACCAAAUUCAUCGAUGCCGCCGCGCCAUCCAACAAUCACGAGAGUGCCGAGUCUAAUGCCAUCGAAGCGUCGAAGUUGGCGCACAAGCGCACGGGCGCGACAGCAAACGAUGAGCAACGUCGACGACAAAACAAGACGCUAACCUACACAGAGCUUGAUCAACUGUUGGCCCAUUGGCAGUUGGAUAAGCAGCGAAAUACCUACGAGAUGCAGACCAGUAAUCGACGUGGAAUCGAUGCGCGUCGGAAUUAAGUGGAUUAACGCAUUUAGAUAAAUAUUCUCGUGUUGCUUUCGUUUUAUUGUAGUUGAAGAGGGAAUGACUGUAUUGGUGCAAUCGCUAGUGGCGCUGAUAAGGCGGCAAGGAAUUUGCGUUGGGAAUGAAAUAUUUAUAUUUGAUAAUUCGUUUUUUUUUUUUUUUGCUUUUAUUAUUUCAUUAUAACUUUAAUUGUACAAUAACAGCGCUCUUGAUCCCGCGACUUCUUUGGAAUUACGUUAGCACGGCUGGGUACUUUGGCGUUCCGACAGUUGGGCGAAGGCGAACGGUGCAAUUAUUAAUUACCAACUCAUUUACGUAUCUCGAAUUUGUCUCUCUACAAAUAUUUGUUAAGCUACAUUUAUCUCAUAUUAAUACUGGUUCUAAUCUCUGUUAAAAUAAAAGUCUCGACUUGAG